AUUGGAUGCAACAGUCACAAUCAGCAUCAGUAGAGAAACUACGCCAUAUCCCAUUAUCCAGCGCCAAAUCAUGCAGCAGAUCACGCGUCAAACACGGCACCAAGAGAGCCUAUUAUCUGCCUUAUCACAUCUCUAUAGUUUUGUCACUGUUGCAGCCACUGCUAUAUGUAAUUACACUGAGCCGAUGAUAUUGAUAUGAACAUCAUGAACCAAAAUGAAGAACAGAAGCUGGAACACUUCAAAGGCCAAAGCAGGCUUCCAAAAUUCGCAACCCCUCAUCGUUACGAUCUAGCUCUGAAACCCAACCUCGAAUUAUGCAACUUCUCCGGCUCUGUACUUGUUGACUUAUCAAUCUUGGAAUCUACCCGGUUCCUCGUCUUAAAUUCAAUCGAUCUCGUGAUUACUGAAUCCUCUUUCACAGACUCCAACAACCAUAAAGUGGUUCCAAGUGAAGUGGUGGUGGACAACGAUGCCGAAAUGCUUGUGUUAGUAUUUGAGGCACCUCUCGGUGUAGGAGAAGGUGCUUUGGAGAUUAAUUUUACUGGAAUUCUUAACGAACACAUGAAGGGUUUCUACAAAGGGACUUAUGUUGAUGGAGUGAGAAAAAAUAUGGCAGUGACUCAAUUUGAACCUGCUGAUGCACGAAGGUGUUUUCCAUGCUGGGAUGAACCUGCUCUUAAGGCUACCUUCAAGAUAACAGCUGACAACAUACCAUCACAGUUGACAGCAUUAUCAAAUAUGCCUGUUUCUAAGGAGACAAUCAAUGGAGAUUAUAAGACUAUUUGUUUUGAAGAAACUCCAAUUAUGUCAACAUAUUUGGUGGCUGUUGUGAUUGGUUUGUUUGAUUACAUUGAAGAAACAACAGCUGAUGGUGUUAGGGUUCGUGCAUAUUGUCCUGUUGAUAAGAGUGAGAAGGGAAAGUUAGCUUUAAGUAUUUCAAUCAAGGCACUCGAACUAUAUACAAAGUAUUUCUCAAUGCCUUACACACUUCCCAAGCUAGAUAUGGUAGCUGUUCCUGAUUUCUCUGGUGGGGCCAUGGAAAAUUAUGGACUGAUCACUUUUCGUGAAACUGAACUUCUCCAUGAUAAUUUGCAUUCAGCAGCAACUAACAUUCAAAGACUUUCAAUUGUUGUAACACAUGAAGUUGGGCAUCAAUGGUUUGGGAACUUGGUAACAAUGGAAUGGUGGACUCAUUUAUGGCUCAAUGAGGGUUUUGCUACAUGGGUAAGUUACUUAGCAACCGAUGUAUUAUUUCCUGAGUGGAGAAUUUGGACACAGUUCCUUGAAGUGACAGCUGGAGGUCUUCGUAUAGAUUCAUUGGAACAAUCACACCCAGUUGAGGUGGAGGUAGAGAAUGCCAGCUCAGUGCUUGAAGUUUUUGAUGCCAUAAGUUACAAGAAAGGCUCAUCUCUUGUUCGUAUGCUAAAGGAGUAUCUUGGUGAUGAAAUUUUCCAGAAAUCAUUGAGUUCUUACAUGAAGAAAUAUGCAUUCAAAAAUGCAAAGACAGAGGAUUUAUGGAGUGUUCUUACAGAAGAAUCUGGUUUUGAAGUGAACAAACUUAUGGACAUAUGGACAAAACAAACUGGGUAUCCACUUAUACAUGUUAGAUUUGAAAAUAACAAUUUGGAAUUUGUACAGACUCGAUUUAUGUCAUUGGAAUUGCAAAGUGAAGGCCAAUGGAUUGUCCCCAUAACUUUAUCACUUGGCUCCUACAAUAACCAUAAAAAAUUUGUUUUAGAAACAAAAGUUGGAAAAUUGGAUUUAUCAGAGCUUUAUCAUUCUUAUUACACAAGUUUAAAGCAAGAUGGAAAUGAAAUUGAUGAAAAGAUGUGGGUCAAAGUCAACAUUGGGCACACUGGCUUUUAUAGGGUGAAGUAUGAUAGUACACUCACAGCUCGAUUGAGAAAAGCCAUACAAGAUAAAUGCUUGUCUCCUGAAGAUAAAUUUGGGAUAUUGGAUGAUACUUAUGCUCUGUGUGAGGCUGGUGAAGAGUCAAUUUUAUCUCUUCUUUCAUUAAUGGAUCUAUAUAGAGAUGAUCUUGAUUAUCUUGUGUUAUCAAGACUUAUCAGUGUUUGUUAUAAUGUUGCAAAGAUAUUAAAGGAUGCUAUUUAUGAUCCAUGGAAUCAUCUGAACCAGUUCUUUAUUGAUCUCAUCAUAUCAUCUUCAGAGAAAUUAGGGGUAGAACCUGUAUCUGGAGAAAGCCAUUUGAACACAAUGUUAAGAGAAGAAGUUUUUAUGGCCUUAGCUACUUUUAGCCACAAAGAAACUCAUGAAGAAUUAAAGAAGCGAUUUCAGACAUACAUAAAUGAUAAAAACACAUCAGUGUUUCCUGUUGAUAUUAGAAAGGCUGCUUACAUUUCUAUUAUGAGAACUUCAAGUGCUCUUGAAAGAAGUGACUUUGAUUCGCUAUUAAAGCUAUAUAGAGAAGCCGAUGCAGUUCAAGAGAAAACUAGGAUUCUGAGUUGUAUAGCUUCUUCUCCAGAAUCAGAUAUAGUCACAGAGGUUCUAAACCUCAUGUUUUCCAAUGAGAUCUGA